UAAACGCCGCCAAUCAGAACCGUUUAUUUAGAGUUUCAUGGAGGAAUUUGAAUUUCUGCACGAAGGAAGGUGGAAAGUGUUGUGUUGUGAUAUUGCGUUGUUGUGAGACGAGUCGUUUUGAAGUGUUGUUUGUUGUUAAGUGUUUUUUGUAUUGGUUUGUUUUCUGUGGUGAAAUUACAUAUUUUUUUCCGGGUGAAGAUCAUGAAGCUAGAGAAGGGUGGAAGAUGUAUGGCCAAAUGGCUAAAUACUCAUUUCUACUAUUGGUGCACUAUAAUUGAACCAGUUGGUGAAGAGUGGAAAAUUCAAUUUGAUGAUGGAACAGUUGCCGUAGUUAAAACAAAAGAUUUGCAUGAAACAACACCAGCAGAUGCACGCAACCCAUUUCGAAGGAUUUCACGUAGCACACCUAGCAAAAACCGGAAGAGACCUGAAGAGAUACGAAAAUCUCCAGCUAGAAAGAUCCGUAAACUGUUUACUGAAGAAGAAAAUGUCAGAUUGGGUGCCAAAUUAGGCGAUGUAAAAGACAAUGCUUCUGCAGCUGAGAAAGAGUCCAUAAUUGAGUCAGAUCUGAUGGAGGGUCUGAAGGACAAGGAGUCACAUGAAAAUUUGACAGGUGCUACAGAUGUCCAGCCAUCUUUACGUGAAAGAAGUGUGUCAAAAGAAAUUGAAACUCUGACACAAAGUGCAACAGAUAUCCAGCCAUCUUUACGUGAAAGAAGUGUGCCAAAAGAAAUUGAAACUCUGACACAAAGUGCUACAGAUAUCCAGCCAUCUUUACGAGAAAGAAGUGUGUCAAAAGAAAUUGAAACUCUGACACAAAGUGCUGCAGAUGUCAACCCAUCAUCACGUGAAAAAAGUGUGCCGAAAGAGAUUGAAAAUCUGACACAAAGUGUUGCAGAUGUCCACCCAUCUUCACGUGAAAGAUCAGUUAGUGUGUCAAAAGAAGCUGACGAUGUGACAUACAGGCCUAGUUCUGUAGACAUCCGCUCGUCUCCAUUUACAAGAUCAGUUAGUGUGACGAGAGAGACUGAAGCUAUGAUACUCAAUACUGGAGAUGUCCGCCAACCACCAUCUAGGGCAUCAGUUAGUGUUACAGCACAGACUGAAGAUAUAAAAGGUGAUACUGGAGAUGUCCGCCAACCACCAUCUAGGGCAUCAGUUAGUGUUACAGCACAGACUGAAGAUAUAAAAGGUGAUACUGGAGAUGUCCGCCAACCACCAUCUAGGGCAUCAGUUAGUGUUACAGCACAGACUGAAGAUAUAAAAGGUGGUGUGAAAACAUAUGCUGCAUCAUAUCUUGACAGAGAUUUGCGCAGCCUGUCAUAUCCAUACAGACAUAUCCCCAGCCGACUUUUGAAGGAAGGUUCUGUUGAUGUGCCAAAAUAUGGAAAGUCAUACUUUGAGGGAGAUUUCCAAAGACGACUGUCGAAGGAAGGCUCUGUUGAUGUGCCAAAAUAUGGAAAGUCAUACUUUGAGGGAGAUUUCCAAAGACGACUGUCGAAGGAAGGCUCGGUUGGAUUAGCAGAUCUCCGCCCAUCUGCAAUUAGAGGAUCAGACAGUUUGCUGAAUGAGAGGGGGAAAGUGACAGCUGGAUUAGCAGAUCUCCGCCCAUCUGCAAUUAGAGGAUCAGACAGUUUGCUGAAUGAGAGGGGGAAAGUGACAGCUGGAUUAGCAGAUCUCCACCCAUCUGCAAUUAGAGGAUCAGACAGUUUGCUGAAUGAGAGGGGGAAAGUGACAGCUGGAUUAGCAGAUCUCCGCCCAUCUGCAAUUAGAGGAUCAGACAGUUUGCUGAAUGAGAGGGGGAAAGUGACAGCUGAUUUUACAAGAUACACAGCAUCAAAUGUGGACAGAGGUAUCCAAAGACAGCUGGUGAAGGAAGGUUCUGCUGAUUUCACUCUUACUACCAACUAUGUGAAAGAUAAUGAAAAAAAGUAUCUGAAUAAAUAUCCUAUGGAAUUUGGAGGAAGACUUGGUACUUUGUUCCUGAUUUUAUUACUGCCUUUAUACGUCAUGAGUUUGUUUAGUUUCAAUUUGGUACCGGACCCAACACAAUUUGAAGUAUUAUUUGAAAUGCAGCUUGUACUGAUUCUUCAAGUGGCUGUUGGAAUAAUAAUGCUUAUAAUUUUCCAAGCUGUACUUAGCAUUGUACCAAUUGGCAAAGUUGUCAGUGGACCUCUGACUAAGCUCGGGGUUUUGAAAAUGCAGUGUAAUGGGAUUUUUGCAGCCCUGUUUGCACUGGUUCUAACUUCAUCAGUGUGCUACUUCAAAAGGGAAGUUGCUGACAUUGUAGUCAGUGUGUAUAGUGAGGCUGCAGUUUCAGCAAUGCUUGUGGGAAUUGUAUUUUCUCUAAUUCUGUACAGAAGAGGUGGUAAAUUGCCUAUUUCCUAUUGUAAUCCAUAUGGAUCAAAAGGCUGUAUGUGGUAUGACUUCUGGAUGGGACGAGAAGUUACUCCUCGUAUUGGAAAAUUCAAUGUAAAGCUCAUCCUUCAUCGAUUUUCCAUAAUUAUUGUGAUUGCACUGAACCUGUUGAUUGUCACAAAAGCAUAUUUGCAGGGAGUGGAAGAAGAAAUAUUAAGAUCUGUUAUAAUAUCUGCACUAUUGCAGUCAUUAUAUUCUGUACACUUUAUUUUUCAUGAAGAACUGUAUCUGUAUUCCUUCCUAGCUAUCUCAGAAGGUGUUGGAUACAUGAUAACAGUGGGAUUUAUGACAUAUCCUUUCCUAUUGACAUUCACUACAAAAGCUAUCUUGGACUAUAGAUUAAAGGCAUCACUGACAGAAAUGUAUAUUGUACUGUGUUCAUAUACAAUUGGACAAAUAUUAUUACAGUCGAGCAGUCACAGGAAAAUGCUCUCUCUAAAACAUCCAGUCACCUCAGCUUGGAGGGUGAAUGCACUGCCUAAAUGGAGUGCUGCUGUGCAGAUCAGAGCAUAUAUGGGAGAGAUAAUUAUUUAUUGGGCUUUAGCUUUGGUAGCUGGUACCACUUACCUUGGUAUUUUCAUAAUACCAUCAGCAUUUACAGUUACUGUGCUUUCAAGAGCCUUCAGGGAAUAUAAACGUUCAGCAGCCUAUCAAGCAGGUGAAGUUAACACCAAACAGUAAUAAGCUGCAAUUCUCAGUAACUCCUGUGAAACAAGAUCACGCUUAAUGAUUGUGAAUAUGGGGCUAACUACCAUGCUCAAAUAUGGAAUCGUUUAUAAUUUUUUUUUGUGAUAACUACUGUGCACUGUUUGAACUGUCUUUGUUUAGCAAUUGAGCACAUACAUUUUCUUAAGAGUUUUCAAAGGCUUUAAGAUGGUUUAAAAUUACAAAUGAUCUUUAUAUAGCACUUCUUAUGUUAUUGUAAGUAAUCUGAAAGAUUUUAGGAGCAUCAACAUUUAUUGUGGCAAGUUCAGUUUUUAUUGAUCUAAGAAGACUGUUAAAACAGUAAUUUUUUAAAAAUAUGUCUUUGGCUAGUACUUAUAGUUAAUUAUUUAAUGUCAAUAUUAUUAUUAGUAUUAUUAUUAUAUGUAUCACUCUACAAUAUUAUUAUUAGUAUUAUUAUAUGUAUCACUUUAUGAGAGUACAAAUUAAAGCCCUUACUGAUUGAUAUGUUAUAACGCCAUUCAGACUAUGGCAGGACUGAAAAAAUAUCAUUUCAUGCUGUGUAUUUUAUAUUUGGUUAUUUUCUAUAUUUUUGUUGUAAUUAUUUUUGAAUUGUGUUGUUUAAAUAAAUAGGUUUAGGUUAAAUGAG